CUUUUUAAUCGAUGAUAGGUGGGGUCCGCUUUUGAGGUUAGGUAUAAAUAAAUGUCGGAGUAAUGAGUCACAUGAUGAAUACUUGUUGUGAUUAUGUGUUAAUUUUACAACAAUAACGAGAAAAUGACCGAAGAACCAUCCCCCGACGCCCCGAAUUGGUUAAGAGAGCUCGAAGCGAAGCGCGAACGCCGAUUAAAAGCGAAAUUGGGGCACGAAACUGGGGCGGGAUCCCCGUGUUUGAAUUGCAAGAACGAUUGCCCAGGGUUAGAUUUACAUUUUUGGCGAAAAAUUUGCAAAAAUUGCAAAUGUGGAAAAGAAAGCCAUGAUGUCCAAGAUGACGAUAUUUAUGGAUAUGCUCAGUUCCAAUUACUUGGAAGUAAACCAAAUAAGUGCAACAAAAUUGUGUUACCAGGUAAAAAAGAAGAAAUUGAGUUAGAAUGGACACCAAAAGGGCAAAAAGAAGCCAUCGAAAAGUAUUUAAAAACCCUCCCUGAUGAAUUACUCCCUGUAAAGGGUUCAGCAGCUGCUCAAGAACGAAAACAACUCCUUCAAAAGCAAAUUCCUUUACACGAUAUUGAUCCAAGUUUAUGUGAUUCAUUAACAGAGGAUGAAGUUAAAUUAAUGAAUGAUUAUGUGGCUAAUAUAAAGAAGAAUAUUGUUGGAGUUGGGCAAAUUGUUCAUUUAAACUUUGAUAAAACCCCUGUUAACAGAAACUUAGUUUCGGAUAAGUUCCAUCCAAAUUAUUCAACAACAGAAGAUGUUAAAUCAACGAUUUUGAAUGUAAAACCAUUAAGAAAUUUAAAUAACGAUUUUAAUCGAUUAAAUAUUGAUGAAGAUUACCCCGAAAAUGUCAAAAACCUCCCAGUUUUUACACCAAAUCGAGUCACCAAUCGAGAAGAAGACAAAGUUUAUCCAGUUUAUCCUAAAAUACAAGAUAAAAUUCCCUUCAUUUCGAGUUGUGUAAACGAAAAAUUCGCCUCACCAACUCCUUACGUAAAAAUCCCUUUCACUCCAAACGCCCGAUUAGAAAAUAGUUACCCGGUCGGGGGUGCCCAACCCGUUUUCGCCACAAUUCUCCAUCCAAAUAAUCGCACGAUCGAAGAUGUUAAUCGUUUACCUUUGGGAUUUCGCGAACAAAUCUGCGUCAUCGCUCCAAACGGCGAACGACUUCCUGUUUGCACCAACAGUAUAUAUUAUUCCGGCCCAAAUGGAGAGCUUUUGGUGCAAUCCCCAAGCGGGGAACGCUUUUACGUCGAUUCUAAAGAUGGAAGAUACGCAAUCGGCCCCAAAGGAGAACGUUUAUUAAUUGGGGCUAAUGGAGAAAAGUAUUAUGAAGACCCCGAAGAUAAUCGAUUUGUUUUAAAGGAUGGGGAAAAAUGUUUUGUGCCUAAUGAAAAGUUUGAGGUUAACCCAAAAGGACAAAGAUAUCAAGAAGAUAAAAAUAAUAAGGAAAUUUUUUUUGCCGAACCAGAUAAUGACCGAUAUGUAAGAAACUGCGAAGGAAAACGUUUCAUCGUUGAUACCCAAGGAAAACGAUACCCCAUUGACAUCAACGACGGUCGUUUAGCAGUUGAGGAUGGUACAAAAUUUUUAUUGGGCCCCAAAAACGAACGUUACGUUCAAGAUCCCAACGAUAGAAACAUUUUAAUCGGCCCAAAUGGUGAAAAAUUCGUUUUCCCCGACGACAAAUAUGACACAUCCGAUUACGGCGAACGCUUUUUAACAGGAUCUGGAGAUAACCAAAAAUUUUUCGCGGAUCCCAACGACGAUCGUUACUGUUUAGGACCACGAGGGGAGCGAUACCGAGUUGGAAACGAUGGGAAUUUAUACAAAAUCGAUAACAAAGACGGCCGAUUCUUAAUCGACCCGAAAAAUAAUUCAAAAUUUUUAAUGGGCCCCACUGGAAAUCUUUUUCACCAAGAUCCAAACGAUCCAAAUUACGUUAUAGGCGAAUUAAACGAUCGACAUUACAUCGGCGAGGAUCUAUUCGAAAGCGAACCUGGAGGGGUUCGUUAUUUAAAAGGCGAAAAUGGAAUUAAAUAUUACGCGGACCCCAUUCAAGAAAGACGAGCUGUUGGGCCGAAUGGUGAAAAGUACUUAAUUGGGGCUAAUAAUGAAUUAUUUCCGGUCGAUCCAAAGGAUAAACGUUUCGGGAGGGAUGCAAUGGGGAAUAAAAUCUGUUUGGGACCUAAAGGAGAAGUGUUUUAUUCCGAUAUUGAUGAUCGUUACGUUAUUGGCCCGGAUAAGAAGAAAUAUUUUGUACCAAAAAAUUAUUUCAACACAACUCCCAAUGGGGAAAAACUCAUUUCUGGCGUAAACACCGAUCAACCGCUUAAAGUGGACCCGAAAGAUGAUCGAUACGCUUUGGGGCCGCGUAAUGAACGCUUUUUAAUCGGCCCUGAUGGCGAAAUUUAUCCCGUUGAUAAACAGGAUGGACGAUUUGGGGUUAAUAAGAAUAAUGAUAGGAUAUUUUUUGAUCCUGAUGGGAAGGUUUAUAAGAAAGAUCGUUUGGAUGAUAAUUGUGUAACAGGUGAAGAUGGUGUCAAAUAUUACUUACCUGAAGAUAGAUACAAAACCGGCCCCACCGGCGAAAGAUACGUCCUAAAUCAAAACAAAGAGCGAUGCGUUCCGAGCCAAUUCAACGAUAACUACGCAAUUAACCCCAAAGGAAAACGCUUUUUUGUUUCACCCAAAGGAGAAGUGUUCCCAGUAAGCGAUAAAGACGCAAGAUUUUUAGACGACUCAGGAAAAAAAUUUAUGUUAGCCCCCAACGGAGAAAAAUUCUACGAGGAUCCAAACAACCCAAAUCACGUUAUCGGCCCGGAUGGACAACGCAUCAAAAUCCCCAAAGAUAAAUUUAAAACGUUUAAAAACGGGGAGAGAUUCCUCGAGACUCCGUAUGGGUUAAAAUAUCAUCCUUCAGCUAAAGACGAUAAUAUAUUAAUCGGUCCUAAUGGUGAUAAACACAUUUUAGAUCCUCAAGGUAAUUUUUACAAAAUCUCCCCCGAAGAUGGGCGAUUAUUCGAAGAUAACAACGGAAAUAAAUUUGUUUUCAACGAUGACGACAAAAAAUUAUUUAAACAACCCAAUGGAAACCUUUUCGAUCCAUCAUCAGGAAAAGAAUACAAAUUAGCAACCCCGAAAUAUCAAACAUCAGCAAACGGGGAUCGAUUCAUUGAAAAAAACGGCAAAAAAUUCAUUCCCGAUCCUAUCGACGAGAAUUACGCGAUUUCCCAACAAGGUGAUCGAUUUUUAGUUGACCCAAAAGGAAAUUUAUUUCCUGUAGACUCGGAAGAUGCUCGAUUCGCGCGUGGUCCGAAUGGAGAGCGCUUUUUAAUGGACGCUGAUGGGAAUGUUUUUUAUCCCGAUCCUUAUGAUGAUAAAUACGUAAUUGGACCAAAGAAUGAAAAAUAUUUUCUUCCAGAGGAUAAAUUUAUUACAUCGCCAUCCGGGGAACGCUUUUUAAGGGACUCAAAUGGAAAAAAAUACAUUCCAGAUCCAAGAAAUUCUAAUUUAGCCAUUGGACCAGAUGGGCGCAUUUAUGGGGUUAAUAAAAAUAAGGAAACUUACCCCUUAAAUACAUCCCAGAAGGAUGAUAACUCAAUAAUAAGUCCAAAACAAGAUCCAAGAUUCUUCACGGACCCUCUCGGUAACAACUACGUCGAAACAACCCAAGGAAUUAAAUUCCCCGUCAACAAAGAAGACGAAAACUUCGUCGAAUCCCCCGAUGGAAAAACCUACAUGUUACCCCCCAACAACGACGCAUACAUCGUAGGCCCCAACGGGCUAAAACAACAAUUAAAACUCCCCCCACCAACUCCAAACAAACAUUUAAUCCCAGAAAAUGCAUUCUCAAGCGUUCCCGAAGAAAAUUUAGAACCCCACCACGUAACCGUAGGGGGAAUUAAAGACAUCGAAUACGAAAAUAAAAUCAAAUCGGCCCAAAUCCACCACGAUAACAAUCACCUAGACGAACCUAAAAAUCAUUUCAUUCCAAAUCAAAACCCUCAAUCUUGUCAUCAUUGCAAGAAACUCUUCGAAAAUGACUCGAUUGUGGUUCAAAUCGAUCGAGCAAACGCUUCGUUUCACUCAAAUUGUUUCCGGUGUUACGGGUGUAACCAAAAUUUGGCCGAUUUGCUUUAUUUUUAUGAUAAGGAUUCCGAUCAAAUUUAUUGCGGGAGGGAUUACGCGAAAAUUAAAGGGAUUCCGCGUUGUAUGGCUUGCGACGAAUUGAUUUUUGUUAAGGAGUAUUGUUUGGCGGAGAACGCAACGUUCCAUGUUAAACAUUUUUGUUGUUUCGAGUGCGAUACGCCGUUGGCGGGGUCUAAUUAUGUGAUGGAGGAGUCGCAACCGAUUUGUUUGAGUUGUUACGAAACUGUGAGGGCGUCCAAAUGCGCCGCUUGCUUUAAAGUUAUCAAACCGGACGAACCGGGGGCCACCUUGAAAGGAUUGCAUUUCCAUGCCCAUGACGGCUGUUUCCGGUGUCACGUUUGCACCAAACCGCUUUUAAAUGCCAAGUUGUUGUUGAGAAAUGAUAAGUUGUAUUGCUCAGGGGUUUGCCUUGGAAAUGAUCAAUGAUGAUAAUCAAAAAAUGAAAACAAGACUGAUGUUGUGCCUAUUUUCUGUAAGGGGAAUUGAAAGCAAAUAAGUGCCAUUUUACUAUUGUGUCUUGCAUUUUGUACGUAGAUAAGAUAAUAUUGAUAAAAAAUAUUUUUUGUAAGUGCAAUUUUUAUAUGUCUAUUCUAAUAAAACGUAUUUUACCAAAAA